GGUUCUCAUAUCGAACGUCACUGAUAAAAUAGAGAACAAAACAGCCCGAAUAUCGCAUUUUUUUUGUUGUUUUUGUUUCUUUUAUUGGUCGACAUUUUCUUAUUUCGUUCGUUCGUUUUUUUUUGAUGAUCAUCAACUACAAAUGGUUGAAUAUAUUGCCGUUUUAUUCUGUUGAUGAUUAUUAUUAUCAUCAUAUUUUUUUGUGUUCAAAUCAUUAUCGUCAUUACGAAGACAUAUUGAAAUUGUUUUUUUUUGAUCUCAUAUUUAAAAAUCCAUUACCAUUAUCAGCGGAAAAAUGUCACGUGCUUUUGGACAAACAAUUCAACCAAAUGGCCAACGAAAAGCAUUGGCCUGUAUUAGUCAAAAUCCUGCCAACAACAAUAAUAAUAAACAGAAUGUUCUUGCUCAGAAACCAAAUAAUAACCAUCAUCAUCAAUAUGGACCAAAUAAUUUUUCAUCAUUAAAAUCACAAUCAUUUGUUACAUCAUUGCCAAAAUCAGUAUCGACAUCUAUUCUAGAUGAUCAAGAAAAUGUUUGCAUUAAACAACAGUAUCUACAGCAGCAACAAAAACAACAACAACAAACAUUCAAGAUUUAUAAAGAUGUUCAAAGUCCAAUUGUUGUUGAACAAUCAAUACAAGAAAAAUCUAUUUGUUCUGAUUAUCAAAAUGUUCGUGAUCAAUGUUUGCAAUCAUUUUCUGACAAAGAGAAUGAUCAAAAGAAUGAUGUCUGCUCGAAUACUGAUAACGAUGUUGAUGAUGAUGAUGAUAUCGAUAUGGUUGUCGAUGACAAUGAUGAUUUGGAUAAUCAAAAAGAAAAUUGUCAAUCAGUUUUAUCAUUACAUUCGGAUAUAAGUUAUGUGCAACAUUAUCCAGAAUUGGAUUUACUUAGCGAUUAUUCAUUGAAUAUUUGGCAGUAUAUGCUUGAAAAAGAACGACAAUUUAUGCCGAAUCCAUUCUAUAUGAGUAAACAACAAAAUAUCAAUACAAAAAUGCGUUCAAUCCUAGUCGAUUGGUUGGUCGAUGUUGCCGAUGAAUAUAAAUUAAAAGAUGAAACACUAUUUUUGACCAUCAACUAUAUCGAUCGAUUUUUAUCGAAAUUUUCUAUUACAAGACAAGAAUUUCAAUUAUUAGGUACCUCAGCUUUAUUUAUUGCUUCAAAAUAUGAAGAAAUCUAUCCACCAGAAUUGGCAGAAUUUGUAUAUAUUACGGAUGAUUCAUUCACUAAAGCACAGAUAUUGGUCAUGGAAAAAACCAUAUUGAAUGGUUUGUCAUUCGAUGUUUCAGUGCCAACAAGUAAUUAUUUUCUGGACAUGUUUUCAACUGCACUUGUUUUGGACAAACAAAUAUAUUGUCUUGCCAAAUAUUUAAAUCUUUUGACCACGUUAGAAUGUACACCAUUUUUAAAGUAUUAUCCAAGUGAAAUUGCCAUUUGUUCAAUAAUGUUGGCUGGUAAAAUUUUACGAAUUUCAAAUAUUAUUUCCGAUGAUUUUUACAACACAUUAUCAUAUGAAAAACAAUUAGCCAAUCAAGGUGAUCCAUUACAAUUGUUGAUUGAACGAAAUAAUCUAUUGGAAGCAUUGAAUCAAUUACGUUUGUAUGCAAAUAAACAUCCACAGCAAGCAAUUCAGAAAAAAUAUUCUGAAGAUAAAUUUUACAAUGCAUCUAGGAUCGCUGAUGAAGCAAAUAUUUGAAUGAAAAUGAUAAUAUUGUCUACUUAUUUUUUUUAAAAGAAAACAUUGAAUGACGAAAUGUUUG